UGUAAAUGGACGCUGAAGUCACAAUUUUUGAUAAAAUUAUUUCAGGUUAAAUAAAAGCGAACAUUGUUUAUUAGGAUGAUCUAGUAUUAUUGAUAUAUAAUUAGUGUCUUGCUUUUCAUGACGUUAAUCCCUAAGCUCCAGUGCAUAUUCUAUUAAUUCCAAAAUAACGAAAUGGAUUGACAUAAUUAUCUAAGGCUUAAGAACACAAUAAGGAAGUCUUAGGUCAUUUAUUAUUCACAGUGACAAAGAUAGUAGAAUUAGUCGAUGAAUUAAAGAAAGGAUUUAGAGUAGUAAUUAACGAUGGUGAGAAUGGAGGUCAAAGUGUUUGGCAUCUUCAUCUCCAUAUUAUUGGAGGGGAAUAAUUAACAUGGCCUCCAGGAUCCAGUGGAAGCUCAAAGAAAUGAA